CUUAGCACCAUUUUGUGAUGGAUGGGACGAUAGUGGUGGAGAGCCGUGGAUUUAAGUAGAUUUGGGAUCAUUCGGAGGGGAUUUUGUUUUGUUUUAGUACUUCAGAAAAUAUAUAGAAGAGGGGGGAUAGUUGUAACAUUUUCAGAGCGUCAGAUAGAAAAGUUUUGAGUUGGUAAUAGCUUCACAGAAAAAAGAUCUGCCCUGACUCAGUCAUUCAGAGAAAAUACAGGAGAGAUCCCGACAAGUCUGAAGAAACAUGAGUGCCCCUUCUUCUCAAAAAGUCGUGCUAAAAAGCACCACCAAGGUGUCCCUGAAUGAGCGGUGAGGCGCUACGCAUCCUGACAGCAUUAUCUCAAGGCCAUGGGGGGAGAAAUCAUUCAGAGAUAACUAAGGCGGCAAGCCUCAAGACACGUGUUCUAUGAAGGUCAAUGAGGGGGAGACACCAGGCAUGACAUGGACGCUAGAAUGCCCACGUGGUGUGCUUCGCUUACCCAACAUGGCGGCGGUUACUUGAUCUUAUGCUGAGUCUACAUGAAAGAUCAACUAGUAUAAGAACCGUGUAUGCCAAGUUUUGGCAAGUUGUGGCAGACAUCUUGUGUAAGCAGUGCACACCCAAAUGGUGAGAGGGUAAUGAUGGUGAGGUAAGCUGACUGCACUUGAAUUUGCUGCAGAAGAGCCUCCUCAGUCAUGGGAAUGAGUUGCCAUACAGGAUGGUGUGUGUAUACCAACAAUGCCAUCCAUAUUUCUUGCCCUCUCUCACACAAACACUCUCUCUCUUAGAAGACCUUUUUCCUGUUCCUCUUCUGCAUUUCUGAAUUGCUCUCUGACUGUCUAUGGAAUAAGGUGCCCAGUCUGAACCUAGACGUGACCUGUCCCCUUACCCCCUUCCCUUGUCAGAAGCAACACACCAGGUCACGGUCUUGGUUGUAAGUGGCUGGGUAGCCGGACACCCUCAAGUCCAUGGCCAACUCACCAUGUGUUGUCUCAGGCUGAUGACAUCACAUCUGGUUGAUGGUGGCCUGUAAGUGGCAAUCACUCUGAAAGAAGUCUUCCAAUCCCUUCAGUCUUGGUCAUAUUCUUUCUUCUGAAUUCUUCACUCUGUCUUUCUCCUCACUCUAUUCUUGAACCCACAUUAAAGGCCUCGAUUCAGUUAAAACAAAACUGCUGAUGUUCUGGGGUGUCUCCAGACAGAGAGAGAGUAUAUAAAAGAAUCUUCACAAAUAUGCUGAAGAACAAGCAGCCGACUGUGACUAGCAUCCGGGCUAGCAUGCAGCAGCAGCACAUGGCCAGCGCACGGAACCGCCGCCUCGCUCAACAGAUGGAGAACAGGCCCUCUGUGCAGGCUGCCCUGCAACACAAACAGAGCCUGAAGCAGCGACUUGGGAAAAGCAACAUCCAGGCCAGAUUGGGUCGGCCCAUUGGCUCGUUGAUGCGUGGUGGUGCCGGAGGGCGGGGUUUUGUCGGAGGAAUGCGUGGAGCUGGACGCGGAUUCCGGGGAAGGGCAAGAGGCGGAGCUAUGAGAGGAGGACUUUCUCUUAGAGGUGCUGGUCAGAUGCGGGGUAGGGGUGGUCCUGGGCGUGUAGGACUCCGUCGAGGUAUGCGUCAGCCUGGAGGAGGCCCAGGACGAGGAGCUAUGAUUGGCCGGGGAGCAGCACGCGCAGCACUUGGAGGAAGAGGUAGAGGUCGUGGAGGUCUGAGAGGUCGUGGAGGGUUUGCUGGAAGGGGUCGGGGACGCGGUAGAGGCAGAGGAGCAGGUCGUCCAGUUGUCACACGUGAGCAGUUGGACAACCAGCUUGAUGCUUACAUGUCCAAGACAAAAGGCCAUCUGGACGCUGAGCUGGAUGCAUAUAUGGCCCAGGCAGACCCUGAGAGUAUGGAAUAACAGCUGAGCUAAUUAGGAGAACAGGAUCCCUAAAGAUCUGCAGAUCAUAGAUUGAUUGACAAGUUACACAGCCAGUACAGUGUACCCGGUUUUCUCUUGAACAUUCAGACAACCCCUCAAGGCUUUUACACUUCAAAUUCAUAUAUCCAUCACAUGUAUGUUUGCAUCUGAAAAACCUUGAUAUCAUACCAAAAUAAAGCCUUGCUUGAAUUUAUGACAAAAAUAGCCAGAUUUAGAUCAGUGGAAGUGAAUAGACCAUUGUAAACUAUCAUAAUGUGUUAAUGUUCUGAUGAAGAGAUUUGUACAUUAUAUACAGUUUUUUGGCUCAUAUUUGUAACUACAAACCCAAUAUUUGCUGUUAAUCUUUGGGAGAAAAAAAAGAGACUGAAAUUGUUCCAACAUCUAUCUGAACUCAAAGAACCGUGAACUGUAACCCAAGGACAAUUGAUCAGAUGGUGUUAAAAUGUUUUAUGUUGACAACUUGUUCUUGACUUCAAUGUUCUAUAAAUGUCAUGACCUUUAAUUUUAUUUGUAUUAUGUUUUAGAACUUUUAUUGAGCAAAUAAGGUGUUCACACCAUGUAAUUGGUGUUUGGGGGGGAGGGUCACAUGAAUGUCUUAAUAUAAUAUUUGAAAAAAGAUUGUAAUCACAUCUUUUUUUAUUAGUAUUAAAAUACAAUUUUGGCCAUAAGACCACAUGUUUGCACUACAAGAAGUAGUAUUUGAAUUUGGAAAAGAACAACACCAUAUACAUGACCUUCCAAAAUCAUGUUUACACUCCUGUCUAGUUCCAUUAAUUUGCUGCUAUUUUUUUUUUUUUUUUGCACAAACAUCCCUAACAGAUAAAUGUCAUUUCGAUGCUAUCUCUGGUCGUAUGGUGUGAAUGUAUGCUUAACUUGUUAAAGUCAGUGUUUCUGCUCAUCACUCAAGGUUCACAUACCUGUAUCAACAGAGUUCUGUCUACAGUCUGCAUUCUAACAAAGAGAUUAAUAAUAUUUGAUAAUGACUUUACGCCUUGGAUAUGCAAUGCAUUUAGCAUAUUCUUGGGGAAAACACACAAAAUAUCUACCUCUAAUGCACAGUAUGUCACUUUGGAUUAAAGCAUCUGCCAAGUGAAUAAAUGUAAAUGAAUCAUCUCAAAUGUUAACAUU